AAGACCGGGAAGGCCGAGGAGAGCCCCCCAAUCCCGCGCCGAGGCGGCGGCGGCGGCGGCGGCGGAGCGACGAUGAGGAUGAUGAAUACAUUGCAAAGUUUUUUUGGCCCCGGCGAGGGGUGUCAGAUUGAGUGCUCUGUGCGCAUGUGCGAAGGUGUCCAAACUGACAAUGCUGGGGAGAUGAAGAUAGUGUGUAGCUGCUUCUGGACUCAAGGAGGAGGAGAGAGAUUCCGCGAGCCGACACCAUGCGAUCCAAGGCGAGGGCGAGGAAGCUAGCCAAAAGUGACGGCGACAUUGUAAAUAAUAUGUAUGAGCCUGACCCGGACCUGCUGGCUGGCGAGAGUGCCGAGGACGAGACCGAGGAGAGCAUCAUGUCUCCCAUCCCCAUGGGGCCGCCAUCCCCCUUCCCCACCAGCGAGGACUUCACCCCCAAGGAGGGCUCACCGUACGAGGCCCCCGUCUACAUUCCUGAGGACAUUCCCAUCCCUCCAGACUUUGAGCUCCGAGAGUCCUCCAUCCCAGGGGCCGGCCUGGGGAUCUGGGCCAAGAAGAAGAUGGAAAUCGGGGAGAGGUUUGGCCCUUACAUGGUGGCGCCCCGGGCCGCGUUGAAGGAGGCAGGCUUUGGCUGGGAGCAAAUGCUGACUGAUGCGGAAGUGUCGUCACAGGAGGGCUGCAUCCAAAAGAUCUCCGAAGACCUGGGCAGCGAGAAGUUCUGCGUGGAUGCUAAUCAGGCAGGGGCUGGCAGCUGGCUCAAGUACAUCCGUGUAGCAUGCUCCUGCGAUGACCAGAACCUCACCAUGUGUCAGAUCAACGAGCAGAUUUAUUAUAAAGUCAUUAAGGACAUUGAGCCAGGAGAAGAGCUGCUGGUGCAUGUGAAGGAAGGCGCCUACUCACUGGGAACGGUGCCCCCCAGUCUGGAUGAGGAGCCCACAUUCCGCUGCGACAUGUGUGAUGAGCUCUUCCAGUCCAAGCUGGACCUGCGGCGUCAUAAGAAGUAUGCGUGCAGCUCGGUGGGGGCCGCGCUCUACCAGGGCCUGGGCGAGGAGCUCAAGCCGGAGGGCGUGGGCAGCGGGGGCGACGACGGGCAGGCCCACGAGUGCAAGGACUGCGAGCGGAUGUUCCCAAACAAGUACAGCUUGGAGCAGCACAUGAUCGUCCACACAGAGGAGCGAGAAUACAAGUGUGACCAGUGUCCCAAGGCCUUCAACUGGAAGUCCAACCUCAUCCGCCACCAGAUGUCCCACGACAGCGGCAAGCGCUUCGAAUGUGAAAACUGCGUGAAGGUGUUCACGGACCCCAGCAACCUGCAGCGGCACAUCCGCUCCCAGCACGUGGGCGCGCGGGCCCACGCCUGCCCCGACUGCGGGAAGACCUUCGCCACGUCCUCGGGCCUCAAGCAACACAAGCACAUCCACAGCACCGUCAAGCCUUUCAUAUGUGAGGUCUGCCACAAAUCCUACACGCAGUUCUCCAACCUGUGCCGGCACAAGCGGAUGCACGCUGACUGCCGCACACAGAUCAAGUGCAGGGACUGCGGGCAGAUGUUCAGCACUACCUCCUCCCUCAACAAGCACCGGCGCUUCUGCGAGGGCAAGAACCAUUACACACCGGGCAGCCUCUUUGCCCCGGGCCUGCCCUUGACCCCCAGCGCCAUGAUGGACAAGGCCAAGCCCCCCCCCAACCUCAACCACGCUAGCCUGGGCUUCAAUGAGUACUUCCCCUCCAGGCCACAUCCCGGGAGCCUGCCCUUCUCCGCGGCCCCCCCGGCCUUCCCCGCGCUCACCCCGGGCUUCCCGGGCAUCUUCCCUCCGUCCCUGUACCCCCGGCCGCCUCUGCUACCUCCCACGCCGCUGCUCAAGAGCCCCCUGAACCACGCCCAGGAUGCCAAGCUCCCCAGCCCCCUGGGAAACCCAGCCCUGCCCCUCGUCUCCGCCGUCGGCAACAGCGGCCAGGGGGCCACGGCGGCCACGGGGCCGGAGGAGAAGUUCGAGAGCCGCCUGGAGGACUCGUACGCCGAGAAGCUGAAGACCCGGAGCAGCGACAUGUCAGACGGCAGCGACUUCGAGGACGUCAACACCACGACCGGGACCGACCUGGACACGACCACGGGGACAGGUUCGGACCUGGACAGCGACGUGGACAGCGACCGCGACAAGGCCAAGGGCAAGGCGGCCGAGGGCAAGCCUGAGUCUGGGGGUGGCGCCGCGCCCCCGGGGGCCCCGAACAGCGUGGGCGAAGUGCCCGUCUUCUACUCCCAGCACUCCUUCUUCCCGCCGCCCGAUGAGCAGCUGCUGACCGCGUCAGGCGCCGCGGGUGACUCCAUCAAGGCCAUCGCCUCCAUCGCCGAGAAGUACUUUGGCCCCGGCUUCAUGGGCAUGCAGGAGAAGAAGCUGGGCGCGCUGCCCUACCACUCAGUCUUCCCCUUCCAGCUCCUGCCCAAUUUCCCCCACUCCCUCUACCCCUUCACGGACCGCACCCUCGCCCACAACUUGCUGGUCAAGGCCGAGCCAAAGUCACCCCAGGACGCCCUCAAGGUGGGCGGCCCCAGCGCCGAGUCCCCCUUCGACCUCACCACCAAACCAAAAGAGGCCAAGCCCAUCCUGCCUGUGCCCAAGGUGCCCCCGGCCCCCGCGUCCGGCGAGGAGCAGCCGCUGGACCUGAGCAUCGGCAGCCGCGUCCGAGCCAGCCAGAACGGAGGGGGUCGGGAGCCCCGCAAGAACCACAUCUACGGCGAGCGCAAGCUGGGGGCAGGCGAGGGGCUGCCCAAGGUGUGCCCGGCACAGCUGCCCCAGCAGCCCUCGCUGCACUACGCCAAGCCGUCGCCCUUUUUCAUGGACCCCAUCUACAGCAGGGUGGAGAAGCGGAAGGUGACAGGCCCCGUGGGCGUCCUGAAGGAGAGGUACCUGCGGCCAUCCCCGCUGCUCUUACACCCCCAGAUGUCAGCCAUCGAGACCAUGACAGAGAAGCUGGAGAGCUUCGCGGCCAUGAAGGCAGAUUCGGGCAGCUCCCUGCAGCCCCUCCCCCACCACCCCUUCAACUUCCGGUCCCCGCCCCCGACGCUCUCCGACCCCAUCCUCAGGAAGGGCAAGGAGCGAUACACGUGCAGGUACUGUGGCAAGAUCUUCCCCCGAUCGGCAAACCUCACGAGACACCUGAGGACACACACCGGGGAGCAGCCAUACAGGUGUAAGUACUGCGACCGCUCCUUCAGCAUCUCCUCCAACCUCCAGCGGCACGUCCGGAACAUUCACAACAAGGAGAAGCCGUUCAAAUGUCACCUGUGCAACCGGUGCUUCGGGCAGCAGACCAACCUCGACAGACACCUAAAGAAGCACGAACACGAGCAUGCUCCAGUGAGCCAGCACUCCGGGGUCCUCACGAACCACCUGGGGACCAGCGCCUCCUCUCCCACCUCCGAGUCAGACAACCACGCACUUUUAGACGAGAAGGAAGACUCUUACUUCUCUGAAAUCAGAAACUUUAUUGCCAAUAGUGAGAUGAACCAAGCGUCAACGCGAACAGACCAACGGCCAGAAGUCCAGGACCUGGACGGCAACUCCCAAUGUCCCGGCUUGGCCAGUGGGAAGCCAGAGGAUGAAGAGGAGGAGGAGGAGGAGCUGGAGGAGGAGGACGACGACAGUCUGGCAGGGAAGUCCCAGGAUGACACUGUGUCCCCCACGCCCGAGCCCCAGGGUGCCUACGAGGACGAGGACGAGGACCCUCCCGCCUCCCUGGCCGUGGGCUUUGACCACACCCGAAGGUGUGUUGAGGAGCAGCCGAGCGGUCUGUUAGCUUUGGAGCCGGUGCCGACUUUUGGGAAGGGGCUGGAUCUCCGCAGAGCAGCUGAGGAAGCGUUUGAAGUUAAAGAUGUGCUUAAUUCCACCUUAGAUUCUGAGGCUUUAAAACAGACACUGUACAGGCAGGCUAAGAACCAGGCAUAUGCAAUGAUGCUGUCCCUCUCCGAGGAUGCUCCUCUCCACACCUCCUCCCAGAGCCCUCUGGACGCUUGGUUGAACAUCACGGGAGCCACAGAGUCUGGAGCCUUUAACCCCAUCAACCACCUCUGACCAGCCCAGGAGGGGCUGGGGUCAGAGUCCAAGUGAGGCGGCCGAGGGGCUCCCCGACGUCCCAACAGAAAUCCCAGCUUCAGAAGAUGGAGGCGAGGGCCUUGGGGAGCGGGCACAGCCUGGGCCAGGGAGACCCCCUUGUCACCUGCGUCUGACCACUCCUCAGUGUCUGUCCCCUCCAUGGCUCAGUUCUGACUUUUCCGAUGAAAACUCAGAGCCGGGAAGUCCCUGAAGCCGUCGUCGAGUGUCACUGUCUCUAAGACUUGGUCUUGAGAACGCAUUCAAGAAUGGUACAGCGCACGGC